AUGUUGCGCCUAGGCUUGGCCCGAGAGGCUAUUGAUGCUGGCCUUUUCCUUUGGAAAUUGCUAGACCACCUGGUCAUUGACCAGGCGCCAGUGGCCAAUCCAUUGCCCAUUUCGACCUAUACCGAUGAAGAUUUCGUCGGUGAUCUAAAGAUCGCAGCACAGCAGAGCUUGGGGCAGGGCUUCUUGCGGCUCAUCGCACCAGACGGCUGCAUGUUGGACCCCCGUGCGCGCCUCAGCGACUGGCUCCGGGACGGCGACGUGGUCUCGGCCGUGGCGUCGGAGCCGCGGCUGGGCGCCACCUACGGCGCCUUCGCGCUGUGGUGCUCGGGCUGCGGGAAGGUGGUGACGUGGGGUCAUCGUCCGUCGGGGGGUGACAGCGAAAAGGUCCAGGACUUGUUGGAGAACGUGGAGCAGAUCCAGGCGACCCACCGGGCCUUUGCGGCGAUCCUCACGGACGGCCGCGUGGUGGUUUGGGGCGACGCGGAGUACGGCGGCAAGGCUCCGCCGGGCGACCGGCUACGGAAUGUGAAGCAGAUUCAAGCUACACAGUUUGCCUUUGCUGCGAUCCUUUCAGAUGAGAGAGUUGUGACAUGGGGCGACGCACAAUGUGGCGGUGACAGUUCUGGAGUACAGAACCAGCUCAGGACUGUGCAGCGUAUUUGUGCAACGCAUUACUCUUUUGCUGCUAUCCUGGCUGAUGGAUCUGUGAUUACUUGGGGACACCAAGCAUCAGGUGGUGACAGUUCUGCUGUACAGAAUCAGCUGUCGAAUGUCAAGGGCAUUUGGGCCACGAAACGGGCAUUCGCUGCCAUCUUGCUGGAUGGAUCUGUGGUUACAUGGGGAAAUCCGGAGUAUGGUGGCGACAGCUGUGAAGUACAGCAUGAACUCAUCAACGUACAGCAGCUUCAAGCAACAGGCCACGCCUUCGCAGCGUUGCUGCAGGAUGGCACAGUGGUAACCUGGGGUCACGCAGCUUCAGGCGGUGACAGUCGCAGAGUAGCACAUCGACUGAAAGAUGUGAAAACGCUCUACGCCAGCGAACACGCCUUUGCUGCCAUCACCCACGACGGAGGGGCCGUGACCUGGGGAGAUCCGGCCUGUGGGGGUGACAGUUUCAAAGUGCAGGAUCAGCUGAAGAAUGUGCUCCACAUCGAAGCGACCCACUUUUCCUUCGCCGCGGUCCUGGCGGAUCGCUCCGUGGUCACCUGGGGCGAUCAUCGCUCGGGGGGCGACAGCCGAAGGGUUCAAGACCAGCUGCGCAACGUUUGGAAGAUCCACGCGACCCAUUUCGCCUUCACUGCGAUCUGUCGGGAUGGGACGGUGGUCACCUGGGGCAAACCCGAGUAUGGCGGUGACAGCACAGAUGUGCGCGAGAGCUUUCUGUGUUUGCCAUAGGACGUGAAUUUUUCAUCGGAUCCAAAGUUCGAUUCGAUGGAUUGGAUUCCCAAGGUUGAUAUCCUCAUUUCUAG